GCCGGCGGCCCCUGCGGUCCCGAGCGCUCCCGCCCCCGGCCCGCUGCCGGGCCCAGCCGCCUCCACGGCCCGCCCCAGUGCUGGAGCGAGGACUGCCUAGGGCAGGAGGGCAGGGGACGUGGGGGCGGCGACGGCAGGGUUCACCUCCAUUUCAGCUGAUCAUGGGAGAGAUUAAAGUCUCUCCUGAUUACAACUGGUUUAGAAGUACAGUUCCCCUUAAAAAGAUCAUCGUGGACGAUGACGACAGUAAGAUCUGGUCGCUGUAUGAUGCGGGCCCUAGGAGUAUCAGGUGUCCUCUCAUCUUCCUCCCCCCUGUCAGCGGGACUGCAGAUGUAUUCUUCCGGCAAAUUUUGGCUUUGACCGGAUGGGGUUACCGGGUUAUAGCUUUGCAGUAUCCAGUUUAUUGGGACCAUCUUGAAUUUUGUGAUGGAUUCAGAAAACUUUUAGAUCAUUUGCAAUUGGAUAAAGUUCAUCUUUUUGGGGCUUCUUUGGGAGGCUUUUUGGCCCAGAAAUUUGCUGAAUAUACUCACAAGUCUCCCAGAGUCCAUUCCCUCAUCCUCUGCAAUGCCUUCAGUGACACCUCGAUCUUUAACCAGACUUGGACCGCAAACAGCUUUUGGCUGAUGCCAGCAUUUAUGCUCAAAAAAAUAGUUCUUGGAAACUUUUCUUCUGGCCCAGUGGACCCUAUGAUGGCCAACGCAAUUGACUUCAUGGUGGACAGGCUGGAAAGUUUGGGUCAGAGUGAACUGGCUUCCAGGCUCACCCUGAAUUGUCAGAAUUCUUACGUGGAACCUCAUAAAAUUCGGGACAUCCCUGUAACCAUCAUGGAUGUGUUUGAUCAGAGUGCACUUUCAACUGAAGCGAAGGAAGAAAUGUACAAACUGUACCCUAACGCCCGGAGAGCUCACCUUAAAACGGGAGGCAAUUUCCCAUACCUGUGCAGAAGUGCAGAGGUGAACCUUUAUGUACAGAUACACUUGCUGCAGUUCCACGGAACCAAGUACGCGGCCAUCGACCCGUCCAUGGUCAGUGCCGAGGAGCUCGAGGUGCAGAAGGGCAGCCUCGGCCUCAGCCCGGAGGAGCAGUAGCUGCGGCUCCCGCGUGGGUGCCGAGGUGACCCGGCCUCCCGGGCGGCAGGCUCGCCGGUCCUCCCUGCGUCUGGGGAGCAGGACUGAUCGGCAUCCGGUGCAGCGGCAGCGCCUCGAAGCCAGCGCAGCGGUCCCCUCUUUGGUUUUUUAGCUUCGGAAUCCAGGAGGUUCUUUGGAAGACUCCCUUCUAAGGGUUGUGAUAACUGCGCUACCGGAAGUCCUCACCACUGUGUUCUUGAGCGAAUGUCAAUUUCUGAGGUUUGGGAUUUUGUGAACUUUUCUCUCCUUUCUUUUCCUUUUCUUUCUCCCUCCUUUCUUCUUCCUGCUUUUUAUGUUAUUUUCUGUAAGUGCCGCACGUGCCGACUGUGUGUCAGAAGGACGUUGGCCUCCGCUAGGCCUUCCUGGGUGUGACGGCAUCCGAGGGCCAGGGCUCGCACCCGCUGGGUGCUCUCCUGUGAACCAACUGCUUUCACUUCCCAGCUCAGCACAGCGUUCCGAGUGCCCGCUCCUGUCUUUCUAGAGGAUCACAGUCAUUUGGAAUAAAAGUUCGAUUUCAGUGAG